UUAAAAUUAAAAAAAAAAAAUCCGUUGCUGAAAGAACUUCACGUCGCUUCUUACUUCUCUCUCUCUCUCUCUCUCUCAAAUUCCCCUUUCUAAAAAAUGUCCCCGGAAAUCACCCCCACUGGCGGCGGCGACGACGGUGAAGCCUCUGCAAAUCCGAUCAAGACGAUCGUCAUUCUAGUCCAGGAGAAUCGAUCCUUCGACCACAUGCUCGGCUGGAUGAAAACUCUAAAUCCACAAAUCGAUGGCGUUACUAACCAAUCUCAAUUCUCCAACCCUAUAUCCACCUCCGAUCCAAAUUCACCUUCUCUUCCUUUCGGAAACGCUUCCGCCUUCGUCGAUCCCGAUCCCGGCCACUCAAUCCAAGACAUCUACGAGCAGAUUUUCGCACAGCCGUGGUCCGACGAUCUCCAUCCCCUGCCUCCGCCGACUAUGCAAGGCUUCGCACAGAACGCCGAGCGGAUCCAAAAAGGAAUGUCCGCCACGGUGAUGAACGGAUUCAAGCCGGAGGCGGUGCCGGUGUUCAAAGAGUUGGUGGCUGAGUUCGGAGUUUGUGACCGGUGGUUCGCGUCGGUGCCGGCGUCGACGCAGCCGAAUCGCCUUUUUGUGCAUUCGGCGACGUCGUUUGGACUGACUAGUAACGAUACGAAGCAGUUGAUUGAAGGACUUCCGCAGAAAACGAUCUUCGAAUCGUUGGAGGAAGAAGGCUUCAGUUUCGGGAUUUAUUAUCAGUAUCUUCCGGCUACUCUGUUUUACCGGAAUUUAAGGAAACUGAAAUACAUAAAGAACUUCCAUGUUUUCGACAUCGAUUUCAAGAGAGAUUGCCAAGAAGGAAAGUUACCAAACUACGUAGUGAUAGAACAGAGAUACUUCGAUUUAGCAUCACUACCUGGAAAUGAUGAUCAUCCUUCCCACGACGUUUCAGAAGGCCAAAAAUUCAUCAAACAGGUCUAUGAAGCUCUGCGAUCCAGUCCACAGUGGAACGAAAUCCUGUUCGUGAUCACCUACGACGAGCACGGCGGUUUCUUUGACCACGUCCCUCCGCCUUCCACCGGAGUUCCCAAUCCCGACGGCCGACUCGGCCCUCCGCCCUUCAAUUUCAAAUUCGAUCGCCUCGGAGUUCGGGUUCCGACAGUCUUCGUCUCUCCUUGGAUUGAACCCGGAACAGUGGUACACAGGCCGUCAGGGCCGGAUCCGACGUCGGAGUUCGAGCAUUCGUCAAUUGCUGCGACGGUGAAGAAGAUUUUUAGUCUAAAACAGUUCUUGACGAAGCGUGACCAGUGGGCCGGCACCUUUGACAUUGUUCUCAACCGCCACACCGCUAGAACAGAUUGUCCAGUCACAUUAAAUGAUCCGGUGAAAUUACGUGACGUCGAGGCGAACGAGACGAAGCAGAUCAGCGAGUUCCAAGAAGAGUUGGUACAGUUAGCAGCAGUACUAAAAGGAGAUGAAAAGAAGGAAAUAUAUCCCCAAAAGCCAGUAGAGAAAAUGUCUGUUGUGGAGGCAGCUUCUUACUGUGAAAAUGCACUGAAAAGCUUCUUCCAUGAGUGUGAGAAAGCCAAGCAAAAUGGAGCUGAUGAAUCUCAAAUCAUUGUUUGUGGGAAAAACAACCAAAUUCAGCCUUCUAAUUCCAAGCCCAAAUCCUUUGCUCGUAAGUUCUUUGCUUGUUUGGCUUGUCAUGGUUGAUUGAAAAUGAUUGUUCCUCCUACACCAUUUGAUUUGAUUGUUUAAUUUGGACUUGUUUUAGUUACACCUUUCGAUGAAUAUAGUUACUUGUUGUCCAUGAGAUGAACUUCUAGUUAGGAAAAUAGAAGAGGAAGGGAUUGGUAUCGUUUACCUCUUCGUUGUACACGAUAGAGUCAGGAAGCUAAACGAUAGUGUAUUGAAUCGUUUACCUCUUCGUUGUACACGAUAGAAUCAGGAAAACUAAAUGAUAGAGAGAGAAUUGAAUCGUUUACCUGUUCGUAUUCAACGAUUGCUUUGGAAAGGGGCAACCUGCCCAAUUUAUACACUAUUUCCUAUUU